GUACGAGAAUAAAUAUGUGAAGUUUUUCAAAAGCAAACCCGAGCUGCCCCCGGGGCUGAGCCUGGAGGCCACCGCGCAGCCCGGCAAGCAGCCCGGCAAGGCGGAGAGCGGCGAGACGGGACUGUCCAAGGCGGCGAAAAGGAACUUGAAACGCAAGGAGAAGAGGAAGCAGCAGCAGGAGAAGGGGGAGCGGGAGACAGACGAACUGAUCCAGGCGCUGGAGAAGGCCUCC